GAGGUGUCUCCCAACAACCGCGCUGGCUGCCAAGUCAAGGCCUGCAAAGAUGAAGGCAAAAAGAUUACAAAGGGCGAGUUUCGCUUUGCCGUCCAAGUUACCAUUCACGAGCAUGUUAGCUGGCAAUACCGCCAUUGGGGAUGUGUCACCCCUAAGCAGAUUGAGAAUCUGAAUGAGACUUGCGGAGGCGAUACAGACAUGGUCGAUGGCUACGAUGAACUGCCAGAGGAGUUCCAAGAAAAGGUCAAGUUUGCGCUCGAGCACAACCACAUUCCAGAUGAAGAC